UUGAGAGGGGCGGGAUUUCCUUCAGCCUCAUCGCUGGAUGAUCUGCUGCAGCUCUAGGUGACACGUAACUAAAGGUGCGAUUAGGCCUCUAAACUUCAGAUAAUUAGUAAAAAGACCAUUUUUCAUUAUGUAGAAAACUUAACAGAGCUUUGACUAAGCACGAGGACCGACUACAACCGGAUUCGUUACUUUUUUUAAUCUGCUGAAUGUCUUUGGAAAACUUGGCAAAACGUGAGACUUUCGUAAACAUUUCAAAUAUAUAAGUCGCACGAGCAACUGUCCACAAUUAUAAUGUUUCAUGAGGAAUCUGGGAGAGGACGGAGCUGUUUCUAUACUGAAGAGUGAAGAGAAAAUCAUUCCCUGGAAAGUUUCUGUGGAACCCGAGAGAGGAGGGAAAAUGGGCAACGGCGUGUGCUCCAGGAAGCAGAAGAAGAUUUUCCAGUCUCUGCUGCUGGUCACGGUGGUGUUUGGGGUGAUCUAUGGUGGGAUGUUUUCUUACGAGAUGCACAAACAGCUGAAGAGGACAGAAGAUAUGGCCGUGAAAUACCAGCAGCACCAGGAGUCUCUUUCCGCUCAGCUUCAAGUUGUGUACGAGCAUCGCUCCAGGUUGGAGAAGUCUCUUCAGAAGGAGCGUCUGGAGCAUAAAAAAUCCAAAGACGAUUAUCUUGGGUAUAAAAUAGAGGCUCAGCAGUCUCUCAACCAAGAAAAGCAAGAUUCCAGCGUCAGGUUUAAUUCUCUGCACUCCCAGCAUCAGAUUUUGAAGAACCAGCACGACGAACUAAAAAAGCAGUAUUAUGAGCUACAAGAGCAACAUCAGCUGCAAGAAGAUGAACACAACAAGGCAUUAGAUGAACAUAAACAGAGACUCGACCAGCUUCAUCAGACUAAAGAGUCGGAGAUUUCUAAGUUCAAAGAAAAUAUAUUGAACCUACGUGAGGAGAACAAGCAGCUGAGAAAAGCUCAUCAGGAAGUCUAUGUGCAUCUCCAGGACACCAGGCAACAGCACAAGAACUUAAAAUCUACCCACGACCAGCUUGUGUUGACCCUGGAGGACCACAAGAGUGCGCUGGCUGCAGCCCAGGUUCAGGUGGAUGAAUAUAAACAGCUGAAGGAAACGCUCAAUAAAAUGCCCAGUUUGAGACAUAAAUCUGCUCAGCUGGUCCAGCCGGUCCAGAACAGGAACGCAGAGGAGCCCCAUCAACCCCAAGACGCUCAGCCAGAGGCGGAGAAACAUGACGAGGUUCAGAAGCCUCAGUCGCAGCACAGAGAGGAGGAUGGAGAAAUGGGAGGAGCUGAGGAGAGGAGGAGAGAGCUGGCAGAGGAGGAGAUGGAGCAGGCGGGGCUGCCACAGAAACUGGAGGAGGAGUUUGAUGUGGCGCAUAUUGAAGCGGAGGAGGAGGAGCCACAGGCCAACCAACCAGAUGAAAACGCACUGGAGAGGGAGCAACAUCACGGUCAUGAGGUCAGAACUCUUCCGAACACAAACAUUAGACCAGAGAUGCCCAAACCAGCAGGGGCAUGUCUAGAGCAUUUUAAAUGGGGGGGCCAGUCGGGGGCACUGGCUCAAAAGAGGGUGGGUGGGUGGAAAAAGGCACAGUAUGAAAACAUGGAUGCUGAUAUAGUCCAGGGAGAAGAAGAGCCACAGAUAGCUGAGGAGAAAGAGGUGAAUGUGCACCAUGAGGCAGCGAGGCAAGAGGAAGCAGACCAAGUUCAUCAUGAAGAUGAGCGACCUGUAGAAGCGGAAGUUGAUCCGGAGGACGACCCCAACAACCAGGGGGAGGAUGAGUUUGAGGAGGCCGAGCAGCAUCAGCCCCAUGAGGAAGAGGAGGAGGAGGUGGCACCCAUUGGCCACCCUGACAUGCACCUGGCUGUAGAGAAUCGGCACCAGCCGCCCGCCGAAGAACAGCUGGUGAUGGCUGGAAACCCAGACCAACAGGAAGAUGCUCUGGAUGAACAGUACCAGGAAGAUGGAGAUGAUGAGGCUCAGGAUGAGCUGGUAGAUAAUCAGAAGCGUGAGGCAGUGCGGGAGCAAGAGAGAGACCCGUAUAAUGAGGAGAAUGGAGAACAGGAAGAGGCCAGAGAUCAGGAUGUAGCGGUGAAGCAGGAUAAUCAGCUCGCCCAACAUCCCAAUGAGGAGAACUAUGAAGAAGAAGAAGAGGAGGAGGAGGAAGAUGGCAACGGUGAUAAACCGCCCAAUCGCAGGGCAGAAAUGUGAGAUGAUUGAAAGCAAGGACAGCCAAUCGCUGCCACCUGUUUGGAUUGGGUUUCCCACCCCAUCUUCUUAAACAUUGUGCCGGAAAUGGUUCUGUUGGGUUGUUCAGAUGAAUAGGAAACCGGUUUCACUUCCGGUCUGUGUGACUCUGAAACCGAGAUGCGCCAAAACGCCCAACCACUUACAGACCAACCCCCCUGCUGUCUGCCUUUACUAUACAUCUGUCUGUCAUUUCUUGUGAGUAACUUCUGUUUAAAUGCUCUUAUAUCUUGCGUUUGAUUUCUUCGACUGGAUGACAAAUCUGAAAGCACAGAUUUCAACCACCAGAAACUCUUGCACUGAAAGUUUUGCCAAGUGCCUUUUUUUGAUCAGUUGUGCUCCACAUUCAAGAUAUAUUCCGUCUUUGAAAUAAAACAGCCUUAUUUUAAUAGUUAAGACCGAUUCUGAUGGACUGGCAGCAGUCACCAAUCAGCAUUGAAUCCUCACCUGGCCCCACCCAAACUUGGGGUGUUAAUUCAUCCAUCUUAUCGAUGAAUAAUGCAGGAUGGGUUUGGCAAGAUGCUUGGGUCAACAGGAAUGUUUACAUGUAAUUCAAGCAGAUAACUGUAGCUGUCGAAAGCUGAAGUUUUUAAAAGUUACUGUAUGUGCUUAUUUACCAUAAUUGGAUUAUAUGCUGCCUAGACGGGAACCAAAGUCAUUCAGUUAAAUACUGAUUUUCAUCUGCUUUUCACUAAGUGCCUCACAGAGAUUAUAUUAUACUUUGUCGAUUGUCUUCAUUAUGGAAACACAUUUUUAUCUUUUUUUUUUUUGGACCUGCCAACUACUAUUCUAGUAUAAACUAGUACUAGUAUUCUACGUGCUACUGGACCUGGUCCUCUAAGUCUUAUUGUCACUGUUAGUCUUUAACACAACAACAGACAGCAGAGAAAUUAACGGCACAUUGGAAAUGAGAAUUAAUGAGACAUAAUAUUCACAUGUAGAAUUUGAAUAUGUGACGAGUAAACUUGCUUAAAAUGAUUUCUGAAUGUAUGCUAAAUCACUACAAUAUUGAAAAACUGUAUUUAUUUUGUCUUGUAUUUACUUUGUUUUUUUUAUAUGUUAUAUAAAAUGAAAUAAUCUUUUAUCACUUUUUUAUUUUCCGGGACGCAUAGGAUUUUUAGAUUUAUUAGUUGAUGUGAUAUUGGUUAAAUCAGCUUUCCUGUUAAGUGUUCAGCUUUAAUACUUUAUAUUUAAAAUAAAUAUCUAUAUGUGU